UUUCAGCAUUUGUCAAUGAAUCACGUCUGACCCUCCGAGAUAUACUUCCAUAUGAGUAUUAAUGACAAAGCUUGAAAGAAGUCAGGUCUCAUGAGCCACGACGGGCAUGCACGAUGUUAACCCAAUUAGAGUAAAUUAUUAUUUCUCACGAAGACUUGGACAAAAAGAUAAGUUUCACCUUUUAAUUAGUUAAAUUACAAAUUCUUAUCCAAACCAUAAUUUCAUUGGAGAAAAUUAACAAUAGAAAGGCAGAACAAUCAUUUUAGGUCUCAUAAACUUUAAGUUAAAACUUGAAAACCCUUUUUCCCUUCGCCGGGUUACAUGUUAGAUGAGUAAUUUGAGCAUUUAAGGGUACCGGCUUGCGUUUUUUUCAAACCUUAUGGGGGAAUUUAAUUUUCUCGCUCAUAUCCCAAUUUCAGUGACUACGUCUUAUAACUCGCUCAUGUCUAAAAUCUAUUUUUGCGAAUAAUAUACUCUGUUAUUUUACUUCUCAGCUAAUUUUAAUUUACAUCGUCAGUCCAUCCAAUCGGUAAACAAAAAAAAUCAAAGCCGUUGUCAGAAGAAAUCUAAAAAAUCCACGCAGCGUAAGCGAUGUUCACUAACUUAUCCAUGCACCCGCAGACACAAGAUCAGAAAAGGUACAGAGGCUCAAAUAUAAGAAUUGAAAAGAUUCCCUCUCGUUUUCCAUUUAGCUCUCUCUGUCUCCCUCCAACGGCCUCAACGACUUCUUAUCUCCUCUCUGCGCCUACUUGAAUUUCAAAAUUCCGCUUAAGCAAUGAGAGAAGAGUCAGCCGUUGUAACAUUCCGGAGAAUCCUCAAUCUUCAGGCGACGCAGUUCAGUUUUAUCGUUACUACGCCGGAGUAUGAACCGUUAUGGACAACCGACGCGCGGCUUAGCUGUUCAGUUACUCAUGCUGCUGGUGGUGGAGGUAAAGGCAGGGUUGAUAAUUUUUCAUGUCUUGCCGUGGCGGAGAAGCGACGCCAAACAGAGUUCCAGCCGGCUCCUGCUCAGCUCGCCAAGUUUCCUUUAGUUUUGCUCGCUUACGUGUCGAGAGACGCGGCGAUUUUUGCAGCUGGUGCCAUCGCUGGAGCCGCUGCCAAAAUCGUCACUGCUCCACUCGAUCGUAUCAAGAUGCUUAUGCAGACCCAUGGGGUGAGAGCUGGGCAAGAAGGUGCUAAGAAGGCAAUUGGUUUCAUCGAGUCGUGUAUCGCCGCCAUAGCAUUGAUAGCAAAGGAAGAAGGAAUUAAAGGAUACUGGAAAGGAAAUCUCCCUCAGGUUAUAAAGAUUAUACCUUAUAGUGCAGUCCAGCUCUUUGCUUAUGAAACUCACAAGAAACUUUUUAAGGAUAGGGAUCGUCAGCUCUCUGUUAUUGGGAGGCUUGCAGCAGGUGCUUGUGCUGGCAUGACAUCCACUUUUGUAACAUAUCCUUUAGAUGUCUUGAGGUUGCGCUUAGCUGUGGAACCAGGGUAUCGAACCAUGUCUGAGGUAGCCUUAAACAUGCUGCGAGAGAAAACAUUUGCAUCCUUCUAUUAUUGGGUUGGACCUUCUCUUAUUGGAAUAGCACCAUAUAUUGCUGUGAACUUUUGCAUAUUUGACUUAGUGAAGAAGGCCCUGCCUGAGAAAUAUCAACAAAAGACUCAAUCAUCACUAUUAACAGCUGUUGUUUUGGCUGGUGUUGCCACACUCACAUGCUAUGCCUUGGACACAAUUAGAAGACAGAUGCAAACUUACAAGUCUGUUUUGGAUGCCUUUACAGCACAUGGAGUUGUUGGCUUGUAUAGGGGUUUUUUGCCGAAUGCAUUGAAAAACCUACGAAACACCAGCAUUAGGCUCACUACCUUUGACACUAUGAAACGACUAAUUACUUCCAGUGAGAAAGAGUUUCAAAAACUCGCAGAGGAAAAUCGCCAGAAUUUCAAGAUACAGAUGCUCCUGAUAUUUCUUUUUCACAGAGCUUAUGGAGAUGGAAGCAUGAUUUCAGGACUUUUACAGCAGUUAGAGAAAGUUGGAUGAAUGGGAUACUCAUCAAUUAAAUCUGAAAGUCCCCCGGGAAAUCUCCAUCGAUGAUUCGAGUUAACGAUCAAAGUCUUUGGGUUUGUAUUUAUCCUGAGUUCCUGCUGCCUGCAGAAUUCCUGCUGUCAACCAAACUAUACUUCAAAGUUCCAUUCCAAAUCAAUAAAGCUAAGUAUGUUGGUCAA